AAUAAUAAUAAUAAAAAGAUGGAUCACGUGCACGUGAAAUCAAGAUCGAGUUCUAACUCAAAAAGCAACAAUAAUCCACCGACAAAAAUGGGCUGCGAAAAGGCGUCGAGACGCCUUAGGACGAUUCUAGUUAAAGCGUCGCGUCUCGGCGUCACGACGUCUGAGGUCGCCGGAUUACCGGCCGCCAAGAAGCUUUUUCCACAAAAAGAUCAUGGUUGGAGGCUCGCGGUAUUUCUUCUUCUAAUGUUCGCCGGAGGUGUCAUCGUUGCACUCGUCUGCACCACGAGAAAAGGAUGCUCAAAACUCGAAGACAUUAGUCUAGCGACCUAGCCGGCAGGAUCUAUUGUUCUCUGGGGAGCCAGCAACACGCCAGCUGAGC